AUGCAGCAUCGUAUACGAUGGCUAGAGUCUAUUGUACGGGAGAACUGCUCCAAUAUUGACCUGGGCGGCGGGCCAGACGUUCAAGUAGGAGCUUUAGACGAGACAGCUCACCCCGGCCUUGGUACUCCUGAUGAACCAGCCGAAAGCCAUGGCCAACAUAGCCAGCCUCCGUCCCAGCCUUUUCCGCAAGAGAUACGGGUGACUCUUACCGAAGACGAUCCAACAGGCACGAUUCCUCGUGAACAGGCUGCUUCACUAAUCGUACCUUCCAACAAUGCGGCCGACGACGAACCUCAGCAGGCGCAUGAGAUUGGACUGGUCUCGUUGUCACCUGGGGGAGAUCCUCGGUAUAUUGGUCCCUCCAGCGGUUACUUUUUUGCCAAGCGAAUCCUCUCUGGGGCUGGUUGUCGUGGCAGGCAGAAAGCCGCACCGGGAGCCUCCUGGGAAUCGACGCACAUAUCAGUCGAAUUACUGAAUACACCCGCCUUACUGCCACCCCGAAAAGAAAGUGCUGUAGAGCUCUCUGCAGGAUACUUCCAAACAGUUCAUCUUCUUCACCCCUUUUUACACGAGCAGUCGCAUAUGAAACUCAUUGACCGAGUCUAUGCAUCGCAGGAAGAGAGGCCUUUGGAUAGCUUCCAAGUCUACAUGGUUUUAGCAAUUGCUGCCCUGAAUCUAUCACGCCAAUGCAAGAUACAUCUUCCGGUGGAAGGAUAUUAUGCAUCUGCAUUGAAGUAUGCCGAUUAUGCAUGCAAUCAUGGUUCCAUGACUUCCCUUCAGUGCCUAUUGCUCCUCAUGGUGUAUGCCUUGUAUAACCCGUCCUGCAAUAUCAAUAUCUGGAACCUCAACUAUCAAUGUCUUGCGAGCGUGAUCGACCUUGGGCUUCAGCGUGAUGUGCGGGCAUCUCCGUCCCUCCGUAUCUCGGUAUUCGAUCAAGAAAUGAGGACCCGUAUCUUCUGGGUGGUGUAUACCUUUGACCGAACAGUGUGCACGAUGAUGGGCCGACCGAUCGGUAUCAGAGAUGAAGCUUGCGACAUAAGGUUUCCCCUUGCUAUUUCGGACAGCGAUCUUAUCAACAUCGGUCCUGACCAGCAAUACAAAGACUCGCCUUCGCACAUGUCGUAUUCAAUCCAUAUAUUCAGACUGGCCAAACUGAUAUCUGAAAUGAAAUACGUUAUGCACAGCGUCAACCGUGGCGCGCCUGCCUAUGCUUAUCCGCCAGUCCGAGAUAUAGUCGAUUGGCAAAAGGAUAUGAUUAAAUCUUUACAAGAUUGGCAUUCAGGCAUACCACAGCAAGUGAGCGGCGUCAACGGUGAAAUGCCACUUUUGUGUAAGAUCAAGUAUCACGACACAAUGAUUCUACUAUUGCGGCCCAGUCCCGGAAUCCCAAAUCCCUCGGACGAAAACCUCGAGCAGUGCUUUCAGCAGGCCAUCAUGUUGCUUCAGGGAUUUGGGGAUUUGUACGGAACAGGACAUCUACUGUACAGCCGUCUCGUUGUGCAUUCAGUCUUUCUCGGCACGCUUGCCAUGCUGUACUGUAUUUGGAGGUUACCGCAAACAGCGACAAAGAUUCCGGUGGACGACCUGAUUACCAAAUUCAACAUCGCACAGAACAUACUGAGCAGCAUUGGGGAGCACUGGGCUGAGGCUACUCGAGCUCGCGAUUGUAUCCACGAAUUGUCUAGUAUCACGAUUCGAAGGCUUCUAAAGAGCCUGCCUACCAUCACUGCUAAUUCCCAGCCAGUUAAAUCAUUUACGCCACAUCCUCAGCAUGGCGAAAUCCAGGGUCCUGAAUCAGAGUUUCGGCCUACACAGCAACCAUAUCAACUAGGCACUAGCCAAGGACAGCCUUUCUUAGACGUACAUGGACGCAACGCAGAGCCCUGGCUCGCCCAACCGCAUACGACUUCAGAGGAUGGCGUAUCCAAUUUCUCAAAUCUUUUUGACGACCUUUUACAGGGGGAUUUCCCGGGUUGGAGUGGGACGUUUGAUAUUGAUGAGCUCAUGGGAGAGAUAUUCAAUAGCGCUCCGCACUGA